ACUGGAGCGCAAAAGGAAAUGUGAAAGACGGUGGGGGUGGGGGUUGUGAAAGCAAUGUGAUACGCUGCUAGUGUGAGAAAUGUGUUCACAUGGAAAGAUAUGGAGUGAAAAAAAGAGUAAGGAGUGAUGUGACAAGACAAGGCCACACAGAUGAGUAAAAAGGGAGAAAAAGAGAAAGAGAGAGAGAGAGAGAAAGAGAGAGAGAGAGAGAGAAAGAGAGAGAGAGAGAGAGAGAGAGGGAGGGAGGGAGGGAGGCGUGCUCAGACUGAGAGUGAAUCUAAGGGAGGAAGAAAGCUGGUGAAGGUUCACUGUUAUUUUCCCGGCCAUACAAUUAUCCUCUUCAGUUCUAAACUCUUAUUAUAAGACAUCAACCAGAUUUACAAGAUUCACAACAAAUUCAAAGUCAUCAACUGUGUGUGGAUAUCGGUUUGCUUUUGACAUGGGGUCUGGGAAAGGGCUACUUCUUCUUGGCUUAUUGAGUAUGCUUGGGAAAUGUUUCUCUGCGUGUGGCAACGGCUUCAACGAAUUUAACGGUGGCUGUGUUGAUCAAGAUGAGUGUGAAGAUCCAAGACAUUGUGGAGAACACACAAAGUGCUUCAACACGAAUGGCAGCUUCUACUGCCAGUGCAUGCCAGGCUUCAAAAACAACAAUGGGCCAGCUAACUUUACGCAGUACAGUGGACAGUGCACAGAUAUCAAUGAGUGCACCGAUGGAACCAAUAUCUGCGGUCUCACUGCAACUUGUCAUAACUGGAUUGGGGGCUUCAACUGCACGUGCCGCUUUGGUUACACCAACAACAACAACAACAGUAGUCAUGGAAACUGCAAAGACAUAGAUGAAUGCCUCGAAGCUGAAAAGAAAAACGAAGAUCUCUGUGGAGUGACAGGGACUUGUAGAAACAGUGAUGGGAGUUACCAGUGCAAGUGUUCAGAAGGAUACACCACUUAUGGCAACGAAAGGACCCCAUGCUCAGAGCUUGACUGUGAAAUCUUCAAUGGAUACGACGGGAUUGCACCGUUGCUCGGAGGCCUGGCAGACAUUUUGUCCAUGAUGAGAAACAGCUGUUUAGCUCUGUCAAAACCAAGUGCCGCUGGUGAAGACAAAACAGAUGGAGAUGCGCUACUGGAGAACCUUUUCACAGCAACCGAUGCCUUCCUGUCCCCCGGUCAACUGGACAGCAGUGAAGAUGUGAGCGGAUUGCUCAGUACGAUGGAGAACGCUAUUAUGCUCAUUGGCCCACAGCUCAAAGACAACCGCACACAAAUAGGGGCCUCUGAGACAGAUCUAGAUAUUGCAGUGCAGAGGGGAAAGACUCCACCCACUGGACCAAUCCAUCUGACCAACGAAAAUGCUACACUAGACACUGACUGGACAACAGCAGCAGGGACAGGAUCGUACCCUGGUUUUGCUCUGGCUGCGUUGUUGAGCUACAAGAACCUUCAGAUAUCUGUUAACCGGUCCUUUGAAGCGCUCACAGGACAUGAAAAAGAUGGUGUGAACCCCUCCUUUCAGAUCUCCUCUAGAGUUGUGUCUGUUGUGGUCUCCAACCCAUCCACUCAGAACCUGAGCCGCUCUGUCAACAUCACCCUCAGACAUUUACAGGAUGUGGAGGAGUCAGCUAACUUGAAUUACGUCUGCGCAUACUGGACUGAGAGUGGGACCUGGUCCACAGGUGGUUGUUAUCAACAGCACUCCAAUGCCACACACACUGUGUGUACAUGUGAACAUCUGAGCAGCUUUGCUGUACUCAUGGCACUCUACCCUAUAAAGCACACGUUUGGGCUCCAGCUGGUGACCAAGAUAGGAUUGAUCAUCUCCCUGCUGUGCCUCAUACUGUGCAUCCUGACAUUCAAAUUCUGCCGCUCCAUACAAGGAACCCGAACCACCAUCCACCUGCACCUCUGUAUCUGCCUUUUCAUUGCUGACCUUGUAUUUGUGGCUGGCAUUUCACAAACUAAACCUGUGGGCAGCUGCAGGUUUGUUGCUGCGAUGCUUCAUUACUUCUUCUUGGGAGUGUUUACCUGGAUGCUGUUAGAAGGGGUGCAGCUGUAUCGCAUGGUGGUCCUGGUGUUCAACGCCACCAUUCGGCCCCUCUAUUUGUUCAUCAUUGGUUAUGGGACACCCCUUGUUAUUGUCGUCAUAUCUGCCAUCAUUAGACCAAACGAAUAUGGCACUGACCAGCACUGCUGGCUGUCCCUGAAAGACGGCCUCAUCUGGAGUUUCUACGGCCCCGUGUGCUUCAUCAUCAUCAUCAACGUUUUCUUUUUCAUCGUUACUGUCUGGAAGCUCGCCCAGAAGUUCACCAGCCUCAACCCAGACCUCUCAAAACUGCACAAAAUCAAAGCUUUCACAGUGACCGCUAUCGCGCAGAUGUGGGUACUGGGUCUAAUGUGGGUGUUUGGGGCCUUCCUGUUUCAAGAAGACUCUACAGCAGCAGCGUACAUCUUCACUAUCCUCAACAGCUUGCAGGGAGCGCUGGUCUUCGUCAUGCACUGCCUACUGUCUAAACAGGUGAGAGAGGAGUAUGCCCAUUUUGUCUCCUGUAUCUGCACACCAGAGAAGAAGAGAUUCUCGGAGUUCAGCAGUACCAAUCCAUCCAGUAGUCAGUCACAAGGUUCUCGCAGUGGGCAGCAUACCGGAGAAUCCCAAAUAUGAGGCGCUCUAUAUUUUAUUGUACCCCAGAGACAGACUACCACACCUUUAACCUAUCUCGGCUAACUUGGCCCUUGCCGGUUUGGAUGACUUCAUUUUUACAAUGUUGUUAUUUCAAACUUUACUUUAGUUUUUUUUGUAACACUGCACCAAUUGUUUAAUGUCACAUCUAAUUAAACAACUAAUUAUAUCAGACAGGUCUGAAUGGUCGUCUGAUUAGCCCCAGUAGUUACAUUGCAGAACUUUCAGACCCUAAUAAAGUUGAUGGGACCAAAAUAUACAUAAACCUAUAUAAUCUAUAAACCUAAUCCACUAAGUAGCCCCAUCUGACAAUUGAUUACUAAAGUCAGUCUUUACAUGUGUCAUUACUGUCAGAGUGCAAGAAGUCUUCUGUCUUUUUUUCAGGAACUCUGUGAACCUGACAACAUUUCAGUGUUUUAUUGAUUUGUCCAAAACAUAUCACAAUCACAAUAUAAGCUGUGUUGUCUUUGAAGGGAUUAAAAGUGAUACAUACAGUACAUGCUGUGUACCGACAAAGACUAUUUAUUUUCAAGUGCAGACUAUAUAAGUCUACAGUAUGUAGGCUACAAGAAAAUAGAAGUGACGCUCUUUAUGUUUAAAGCAUGAGCAAAAAGUUUGCACUGUAUUUUAUAUACAUUUUUUACUAUGUGGAAAAAAGGGUGGGGAUGAUUUUUGUUCAUGGGAUGUUCACAUAAAUUAUUCCAUGUUUCCAUGUUGUGUAUUUACCAGUAUGUCGUAAUGGUGUAAUGGAUGAUGCAAAUGCCCCAUGAAGUGCCUCUGAUUUUUCCUGCAUGUUCCUGCUAAUCCCAUGUAGCAAGGAUUUCAUGCUUUUUUCUUUUUUUUUUAAUA